AUGGAGAAUUCUACCCUGCUAAAAAAUGUCUCUACUGUCACUUUACCACAAAGAAAGGCUGAAGGUGAAGAUAAAGGAGAUAAGACCAAGGUGAAGGAUGAGUCACAGAGAAGGCCGACAAGAUUGUUUGCUAAACCCAAUCCUCCAAAGGUAGAGUUCAAGCCUAAAAAGGUCCAACUGGGAGAGGUGGUGCCCAGAUGGAAAAGGAGAACCUCUGAUAGAGGCAAGCAUGGAGACAUCCCUGCAGAACAUGGAGAUGCCAAAACCGACCAGGCACAGAAAGCUGGAGGUGCAAGUGAAAUGUGUUUUUGA